AUGGCUACUGCCCGUAAAACUAAUGUAGUAGCAACAGGCGCUCUCAAUGAAAUUCGUAUGAUUCUACUUGGUAGAACAGGAACAGGCAAAAGUGCAUUUGGAAAUACAAUACUUGGUCAAGAAACAUUUCAUCAUGAUAAUAGCCCGGACUCUGUUACUCUUGUUUGUAAACCUGGCGCUCGGGAGUUUGAUGGUAAACGACUUUUUGUUGUUGAUACACCCGGUUUUCUGGAUACAAAUAUGCUUGAAGAAGAAUUGAACACAGAAAUAUCUACAUCAUAUCAAAUGACAGCUAGGCCAGGACCACAUGUUUUUUUCAUUGUAUUAGAUCCCAUGGCGAGAUAUACACCACAAGAAUACGCAGCAUUUACCUCUUUUACUAAAAUAUUCGGUGCGAAAGCUGUGGAUCAUACGAUUAUUAUUUUUACUCAAGGCGAUCGACUUUCAGAAAGUGGAAAAAACAUAGAACAAUAUUUGAAAACUUUAAAAGGGGGAUCAGAACAUCCCAUAAAUAAGCUUAUUAAUCAAUUUCAAGGACGUUAUGUAGCAGUAAAUAAUCGUGGAAAGUCAGAAGAAAAAAACAGUGUGGUAAAAACUUUGAUUAAUAUGAUAAAUGAGAUGCUGAUAAAAAAUGGUGGCGAGGUAUACACAAAUGAUGCUUUUGUGGAACUUGCUCACGAAAUCGACGUUGCAGAGUCUCGAGAAAUUUACAAACCAUUUAAUCCAGACGGAUCUUUUGCUUUACUGCCACAAACAAAAGCAAUAGUUAUCGAUGGUUAUAUAAAACGAAUGUCUAAUCGAAGGACAUAAUGCAAACAUUGUUCCUAAAGACAAUACAUGAUUAGUAAAAAUAAAUUGAAGAUACAAAUCAAAAUCUGGGUUCUAAGUUUUCCAGAGAAAGAACGAGUGCGGAUUAGGUCAGCUUUAUGCCCCCAACAGGUGAGAGUUUUUUUCUAUUGAAUUGAACUUCGGUAUAGACUCUGAUUUAUUUGUAUAGGUUUUCUUCCAGGUAACUCAAAACUAAGCUUUAUGGGACUUGUAGUCCCUCACAACAAUGGCAAAAUUUUAUUCCUAAAGCUUAACCGCAAUGUACUCUGGUUCAUAGAGCAAAGCAUGCCCAUUACGAAUUGGGGGUCGGUUUGGGUGGCCAAGAGUGUGGGUAGGGGUGACUGUGGCCGGGUGUGGGUGUGAGUGUGGGUCGCGGUGGGGUGUGGGUGUGAAAGAGUAAGCUUCUAUGGUGGGUGUGGGUGCGGGUGUGGGCGUGGGUGGGGGGGUGGGGGUGGGUGUGGGUGUGGGGGCGG